AUGAAUAUUGCAUUCCCACUCGUUUCUAUUUGUGAAUUGAAUUUGCAUAUAAAUAGACGUUCGAUAUUCCCUCAGGAAUAUAGAUCCGUCGAUUCAGUCCGAGGGUUAAGUUGUGCUAUUUUUUCAACGAAUUUGGUCAUGAAAGUUAAUAUAGUCCUUAGUGUUGUUGCAAUUUUUUGCACUUUUGCUGCAUCUGAAAAUGCAGCCCGAAACACACGACAAGCUGGAAGAUUUGGUCCAAGUUAUGGUGGUAGUUCAGGUCCCAAUUAUGGACCUGGCCCAGGGCCAUCGAGCAGACCCGGCAGCAAUCAGAAUCCCAGUUUGGGACCAAGUAAUCGGCCAACACUAACUUCGGGAUAUAGUUUUGGAGGACCUGGACCAGGUAUUGGGGGACCAGGUGGACCCGGUGGACCAAGUGGUCGUCCAUUAAGUGGAUCGAUUUAUGGAGUCAGUAGUGGCAGUGGAAGACCAAGUUUACAAGGAGGACCAGGGCCACGUCCAGGAUCAGUUUACAGGGGACAGCCAGUGGUUAGUUCGGGUGGAAGACCUGUCAAUAGUUACAAGGGCUAA